AUGGAGAACACAAGGCGCCUGAAGAAGCCUCCAGCAGGAGGGAGAACCAAGUCUCUGGACAGGGCACAGGCCCCCAGGAAAGACUCCGAGUCGUCAGACUGCCAGUGCCUUUCCCUGUCCGCUGCCUCCUCCAGGAAGGCUCUCCGCCGAACAGUCAGUGAUGGGGCCAGACGGUCUGAGAGACCAGCUCAGUCGGCAGGGGCUCAGGGCCUCACGGCUGUGGCCCUCACUCAGGAAGAGACAAGGGAGUUUCUCCCCUGUGAGCAGAGGCCCCUGCAAGACACCAAGAAGGACAAGGUGCAGAAGCGGGCCCAGCAGGGGUGGCUGAAGACGGUGCUGAACUUCUUCCUGAGGACAGGCCCCGAGGAGUCCAGAGAAAAGGCCAGCAGGAGGCCCAGGGGGAAGGAGGGCCUCCCCCAGCCCACAGAGCCCUUGGAGGCACCAGGGGAGCCAGCUCUCAAGAAGAGAGCCCAAGCCAAGAAGGCCAGCCGCAAGAAACAUGGUCACAAGAAACACGUGGCUGAGGAGACCAAGGAAGCUCCAGAUCAGGAGGCCAGAGGUCAAGAGGCAGGGCCGUCCAAGAUGGCAGCUGCCUCACACUCCGAGGAGGCUGACCUGGGCCCAGCUCGCAGGGGCGGGGAGGAUUUGGAUCACUGGUCCUUGCUCACAGAAGGGGCUGGAGCCUCGGACAUUUCUCCCCAGGCCACGGGUCAUCAGCCAGAAGAGGAGCUCAAAAAGCCUGACAAAGAUGCCAUCAUCCAGAUGAUAGUGGAAUUCCUCAAAAGAGUGGGAGACCAGUGGGAGGAAGAGCAACUUCAAGCCUCCCAGCCAGAGGCGGACCUGCAAAACUCAGCACCAACCAUCAGGAAGAAAUCCCAAGAAAAAAAGCCCAGCCCCAGGAGAGCCUUUCCUCUUAAGAAACAUAGCUCCGAGGAGCCCAGGAGAGCGGGGGCCGCAGACUCAUCCGGUCCGGAGGUCAGGCCGCUCAAGAGGCCCAGCUAUCUGCCUCUGUGUGUCGGUGGCGGCCAGCGGCCCUCCAGCUCCAGCAGUGACGGCUUAGAAGAAUCCGAAGUCCAAGAAGCCACGUCUGUAGAUGGUGGGGGUCCCAGUCCCUUCCAGCUUUCCCCAGAAGCAGGAAGCCGGGGACCCAGAGAGGAGCUGCAGCUGGACCGAGCCUUGGAGUACAAGGAAUUCAUCCAGAAUAUCAUUGCCCUUCUCCAAGACGUGGAGGAACAGAAGGCCGAGAAGCAACCUCAAGACCAGGAAGGAGAAGUGGCUGUAGAAAACCCGGCCCUACCGGGUAGGAGGAAAUCUCAAGAGAAAAAGUCCGGCAUCAAGAGAGCCUUUUCCCAUAAGAGACACAGCUCCAAGGAGCCCAAGGGAGCAGGGGCUGCCAGCCUGGAGGCCCGGCUGCCCAAAAGGUCCAGCCUUCUUCUGCCCCUGUGUGUCGGUGGCCGUCGGGCCUCCAGCAGCCUUGAUCCAGAAGGUCUCGAGUUCCAGGAGCCCUCACCUGCGGCAGGGGGACCGACUGGGUUCUCAGCAGCACCCUCCCAGGUCAGCAGCCACGAGCCAGAAGGGGGACCACCGCCGAGUGGAGUGUGGGAAUCCAAGGAGCUCAUCAUCCAGAAGCUGGUGGCACUCCUCCAAAAAGUGGACGGCCAGUUGGGGCAGCAGAUCAGGCGACACCCCAGCUUUAAAAGGUUUUUUUACAAGUUCUCCAACUCCUCCCUCAGCAAACUGGUGGCCACCCUGAGCAGCCAGGUGGGCCACUCCUCCGAGCUGGACACCAAGAGACCCUACCAUUUUGACUUUAGCUUGGCGAACCGACUUGCCGGCAACAGCAGCCACGCCCUCUGCAUCCUCAUGGGCCGAAGAGACCACUACAAUUGCAGCCAUUUCCCGUACAGAGAGGCUCAGCCGGGGAUAAGCAAACCCGAGCUGUGCAAGAGAGAAGCCCUCCCUGCUUCAGGUUCACAGGCCUCAGGCUUCUGUGGACAAGGAGACCAUUUCUGGAAGAAAAUCCUGCAGCCGGGGACUUCGCAAGCAAAUGUGUCUGAGGCCCGUGGGCAGCCUGGGCUUCCUUCCUGGACCCACCUGGGCCUAGUGGUCAUCAGCUCUCUGGGAGCCAGCGGUGGCCCACUUUUUUCUGUAUGGGCUGGAAACAUUGAGGCUGAAGAUGUCUUUCUCAUGGAACACGUUCACUGUGGUAUGGACGGUGGAGAGAGACUCUGUCUGUCUUCGCUUGUGCUGGGGGAGGGGAAGGGACACGGGGCCUCUCGUUUCUGCUACAGUUCCCUAGAGCCAUACCAGGACCCUGAAGUCCAGGGCAGCCUGUGUCGAUGUGGGCAUACCCCACGGUCCCUGGGAGCUCUGAAGAUCCCAGUGCCCAGGCAGCCAGAUCAACUCCAUUAG